AUGUCUGCGCAAGUUACUCCCUCAAAGCAGGCUGCUACCUCGCUCGAGAACCUCAAGAUGAACGACUCUCCUGUCAAGAAGCUCAACUUUGAAGCUGUCGGCAAGGAGAACGCCCCCGUCUCCACCCCCAUCGACGCGCCGGUCACCAAGCCUGCUGCAGAGAAGCCCACUGAGAUGUCCAAGGCUGCUCUUGACAUUCAGGCCAUCGAAGCCAACGAGCCUUUGCUCCAAGAGAACCCUCACCGAUUCGUCCUAUUCCCUAUUAAGUACCAUGAGAUCUGGCAGAUGUACAAGAAGGCCGAGGCUUCUUUCUGGACCGCUGAAGAAAUCGAUCUCUCCAAGGACCUGCACGACUGGAACAACCGCCUGAACGAGGACGAGCGCUACUUCAUCUCCCACGUCCUGGCUUUCUUUGCCGCUUCCGAUGGCAUUGUCAACGAGAACCUGCUCGAGCGCUUCAGCGGUGAAGUGCAGAUUCCCGAGGCCCGUUGCUUCUACGGUUUCCAAAUCAUGAUUGAGAACAUUCACGCCGAGACCUACUCUCUCCUGAUCGACACCUACAUCAAGGAGCCCAAGCAGCGCACCUACCUUUUCGAUGCCAUUGAUACUAUUCCCUGCAUUCGCAAGAAGGCCGACUGGGCCAUCAAGUGGAUUCAAGACAAGGAGUCCACCUUCGCCCAACGUCUUGUCGCCUUUGCUGCCGUCGAGGGUAUUUUCUUCUCCGGUUCUUUCGCCUCCAUCUUCUGGCUGAAGAAGCGCGGCUUGAUGCCCGGUCUUACCUUCUCCAACGAGCUUAUCUCCCGUGACGAGGGCCUCCACACUGACUUUGCCUGCCUGCUCUUCUCUCACCUGAACUGGCGCCCGUCCAAGAAGGUUGUUGAGGACAUCAUCGUCGAGGCUGUCGCUAUUGAGAAGGAGUUCCUGACAGAUGCUCUUCCUGUCGCGCUUCUCGGCAUGAACGCCAAGCUCAUGUGCCAGUACAUCGAGUUUGUCGCUGACCGUCUCCUGGUCGCUCUCGGCAACCAGAAGUACUUCAACGCCACCAAUCCCUUCGACUUCAUGGAGACCAUCUCCCUGGCUGGUAAGACCAACUUCUUUGAGAAGCGUGUCGGCGACUACCAGAAGGCCGGUGUCAUGGCCAGCACCAAGAAGGACCCCAAGCAGGACGAGAGCAAGGCCAGCAGUGGCAACGGUUUGUCCUUCGACGAGGACUUUUAG